AUGUCCUCAAAAAUCAAGGACGAAAUGGCUAAAGAUAUACCGGUCUCCGAACCGGAUCUCAAGGGUGAGGUCGACCAGCGACCUCCUUCAUACGAUAAUGCCGAGCAGCAAGUACUGCUCGAGUUGCCGAAACUCAGCCUCAGCGAUGCCAAGGACAGUACUUUAGAUUUCAAAACCGUCACCCCUGACCAGUGCGUCGCGCACCUCAAAUUUUUGGCUGUUUUGGCAGACCUGCGGGAUGAAGUCUCAAGCCAGGAUGGCCUCUUUGGUCUUUUCGACUCCCAGGCCACUGGAUUUGAUAGCGAGACAGAUCAGGCUAAAGGGCGUAUUCGUGAGAAGCGCUGGGCUGUCUAUGUGGCCCGUGCGGUCGACCGGUAUGAGAAAUGGUGGUUCACUGCCCUACCUAGGUCUCGUCCACCUGUCACAAUGAUGGAUCAAGAGAGCAGGGCAUAUGAAGAUAUCACAGACUGUGAGCUGAAGAUUUUAUGGAGUGAAGAUAAUUUGCCUCCAAUCGAUAUUUUAAUGGUCUGGCAUUCUCAUAUGCUUAAUCCAAGGAAUUUCCUGGAGGACUGUAUUCGCUAUGGCAAGAUGAGCACCUGGAGAACGGGUUUUCCAUUUGACGCAGUGAAUAAGUCCAUCGACGACCGUACCUUGGAAUAUGCCCCUAGCGAGACUUGUCAACAGACAUUCGCGCAGAAUCUUGGCCUCAAGUGGGAUGCACUACAUGACCCCCCAUCAAAGGAUAUUCAAUGCCCAUCCUGCAAAAAACUCACACCAGUCCUGUGGACCGAGGGGGAAAUCCAGUCAUCGCUCGAAAACGCGUUCGCUGACAGCACCGGCUAUGCCGACAAGAGCUUUUCGACCGAGUGCAAGCACUGCAAGCUCGAAAUUGAUCACGGCGUGCUCAAGGUUGCCAAAUUCCGAAAUGAUAUACUGGAAUUGCUAGAAAACAGCCGACCUAUGCCAGGUGCCGUCUUGAACAUGAACGGAUUACCGGAAGGCCUCCCAACCCAACCACCAAGGGUUACUCAUCAGCACAUGAUGUUUCCCAGCAAGUUGAUGAAGGCUUGCGCAAAGGACCUGGCCGCAUAUACCGACGCCAGAACAAACUGGUGCCGAGAUAUCGACAGCCUCCGCCGCGAGAUAGAGACGAAGCUCCGCGACCCCAAGGCCCUGGCAGCGACCUACGCCCGCCACGGCGUCAGCGUCCGACCAGGCGAGAAAGUGCAUAUCCGCCGCAUGAUGUCACGAUACUGGGACAACUUUGGCCCCUUCGCCCUCGACCUGGUCGGCGCCGUAAUCCGCCAAAGCACCUUCGUGCAAAAGAUGGAAAACAUCGACUGGCUCCACUCGCCAACCGUCAUGGACACAGCCCAACGCCUCAUAACAAAAUACACCGUCUUCCUCGGCAUCCUGCUCGCACACCCGAAACAAAUGGCCGUCCCAACACUAGACGUCGAUCUAGCCUGGCACACGCACCAGCUCCAACCAAGCCGCUAUUACAAAUACACCACCGGCGCCUCGACGGGCCCGAUCCGGCGCUUCAUCGACCACGACGACAAAGUCGACGAAAACAAGCUCUCCGAGGGCUUCGAGUGGACCAGCAAAAUGUACCGCCGCGCCACAAACGGCGGCAUCUACAGCGAAUGCACAUGCUGGUACUGCGAGGCGACCCGCGCCCCGGAUCUCUACGACCGCCUCUUCAACAUCGGCUCUUCGUCUCGAGCCCGCAAUACCGCUGACGCACUACAUGACAACCCGGAUAUUUCGUCGGAGCCGGAUAAGAACCCCCAUAUCUCGGCGCAUAAUGCUGUGCGGGCGUAUGAGCGCAAUGUCACCGAUGCCCGCGUGGGAUAUUUGCAGAAAAUGCGGCUGCAUCGGAACUACGAGAAGGCUGUGCGAAGGGCGGAGAAGCAGGGCCGGACGCGGGCGGAUGCGAGAACUACCAAGGACGGCAGGUACGAGCCUAUGUACUAUUCGCCUUAUGUUUGGGGGUACCCCAUGAUCGUUCCGUAUUACGGGCCUUAUAUGUGUGAUCCUGGUAUCAGUUCGAGCUCGUAUGCUUGUAACCCGAGCUGUAUGAGCACUGGGGCGGGGGCUACGGGUAAUUGCUGUGCGGGAACUUGUGGGGGUGGUGUUGCUGCUGGGGCAUGUGGAGGUGUUGGUGCCGGCGGUUGUGCUGGAGGAGGAGCUGCUUGUGGCAGUGGUGGCGGUGGUGGCGGUGGUGGGUGUGGAGGAGGCGGCGGUGGUGGAUGUGGUGGAGGUGGUGGAGGAGGUGGCUGUGGUGGUGGUGGUGGUUGA